AUGGGCGAAAGCCAUCUCAUGGCGGUACCACGGCUGAAGGCUGCUGCCGGUAGCCUCUUCAACACAUCAGUUGACGUCUCAGCCCCCUUCCGAUUCCAAGGCGACCUCCUCAUCUUCCCCAGGAAUGAAGCAUGGAAGCUCCCAUGGAUCGUCUCAUGCGAACCUCCAAGCAAACACAACCUCAACUUCUUCACGGACGCCUCUUACCCAAGCGACAACUCAUGGGGACAAGGCCAAGCCAAGAACAUUUCAACACCAGAAAACCCGGCCGGCGUUGCCGUCGUAUGGAAGCCCUGGCCCGGCCUGGAAUACAACCACUGGCAUCAGCGGACUUAUCAGAUCCUCAAUUGCCCAGGCUUCAGGUCCGCGGAGCUCAACGCAGUCGUCCUUGGUCUCGAAACGGCCACCAUACUCUCACGCCUUCUUCCCGAGCUGAAGAACGUGACCCUAUUCACAGACUGCAAAUAUGCAAUUCGAAAACUCAUGGAGGCAGAGCACAGCUGCAACGAACCCCUCAUCAAACGCGCCGUCGCCGCAUCCGCUGAACUGGAUGCACGAGGCGUCCGUGUCCAGGUGCGUUGGUGCCCUGGCCACAUCGGCAUAUGCGGCAACGAGAAAGCCGACGCGCUGGCAAACAGCGUUCGCAAAUGCCAGCCCCCAAAGACGGUGCCAAAAGAGAUGCCGGAAAGGAUGAAAGAGUACGAGAUUCCCGAGCAUUGCCUGUGGCUUCGCCGAGGAUAUCUCGAAGACAUGGCAGCGAUCAACUUGAGAAAGCAAGCGACGAUUACUCCACCACCACCUGUCUUAAGCAAGCCUUGCACAAUCAGCAACGCAGCGCAAGAGGUCUUAUUCCCUGCUCAAACAAACAACGUAAUCACAAACUGGGCUGCUUAUUUCUACUACAAUUGUGCCGAAGAAUCAAACAAGUGGACGCGUAACUCGAUUGCCCCAGUUAAGCUGAGCAUACCGAUUACGGCUUGA